AUGCGGACAACUCCAGACUCUGAAUAUUAUCAAUCGGAUAGAUCUUCAGAAGUCUCAGAUGUUCCGUAUAGAACAUGCUCAAUCACCAAUGAAGAUGAAUUCAUCGUUAUAGGAAAUGAGAGACACUAUAGAAGGGAUAUUGAAGAACAACAACAACGAAAUCAAGAAACAGAAAUAAUACGAACUCCUCAUUUCUUUUAUAUGGUCCAUGAACCUCCCAAGGUAGAGUAUGGGAAUGCCGGGGCUUUAGCCCUUAUAUCAACUUCAUUCAAUGGAUUAAUUGCUGGUUUCUACCUUGCCGGAACCAUGGGAAUUACUCAAUUGAAUGUAGCUGUAGGAUUAAUGUUCUUUUAUGGAGGGAUUGUUCAAUUCUGUUGUGGUGCUUGGGAAUUAGUCAAAGGUCACACAUUUGCAGCCACAAUGUUUACGAGUUUUGGAACAUUUUGGAUUCAACUAGGAGCGACAUUAACUCCUGCAUUUGGAAUUAGACAAGCUUAUGGUGAUGAUAUUGAAAUGUUUAAUAAUGCAAUGGGAUUGAAUAUUUUGGGAUGGGCACUCUUUGCAUUCAUGAUGUUUACAUGUACGGUAAAAUCAAAUAUCAGUUUGGUGUUGGCUAUUUUCACAUUGGAUAUAACUUUAUUUUUAAUCCUGGCCGGAUUUUUAACCAAUAGUCAACAAGUGUUUAAAGCUGCUGGGAUAGUAAGUGUUAUUAAUGCAUUUAUUGGAUGGUAUGAAGCUUUUGGUGCAAUUGCAAACAACAAGAAUAGUUAUCAUUCAUUACCAACUUAUCCAAUUCCUGUUAUUCAAGGACAAUCUAGAAUGACAGGAAAUGGGAAAUGUGCGGAAUAUUAG